AUGCCACCUGGGAAGCUGCAGAUGAAGCUGCCCCUCGGCCCCCCUGCCUACAACCGACCAGCGCCAGGACUGCAGAGGACAACAGGACCUAGAGCAGAUGCAGUGACUUUUGAUGAUGUGCAUGUGAGCUUCACUAGGGAAGAGUGGAAUUUGCUCGAUCCUUCCCAGACAAGUCUCUACAAAGAUGUGAUGUUGGAGACUUACUGGAACCUCACUGUUAUAGGAUACAAUUGGGAAGAUCAUCACAUAGAAGAACAAUGUCAAAGAUUGAAAAGUCUUGAAAGACAUGUAAGAAGUCAUAGUGGAGAGAAACCAUAUGAAAAUAAGCAAUGUGGUAAAGCCUUUGCAAUACCCAGUCAUCUCCAAAGACAUAAAAGCCUAUAUACUGGAGAGAAGUCUUAUGAAUGUAAUCAAUGUGGUAAAGCCUUUUCAUGUCAGAGUCAUCUCCAAUAUCAUAAAAGAAUACAUACUGGAGAGAAGCCUUAUGAAUAUAAUCAAUGUGGUAAAGCCUUUUCACAGCAGAGUAGUCUCCAACGUCAUAAAAUAACACAUACUGGAGAGAAGCCUUAUGAAUAUAAUCAAUGUGGUAAAGCCUUUUCACAGCAUAGUAGUCUCCAAAGUCAUAAAAGCCUACAUACUGGAGAGAAGCCUUAUAAAUGUAAUCAAUGUGGUAAAGCCUUUUCACAAUCUUGUCAUCUCCAACGUCAUAAAAGAACGCAUACUGGAGAGAAGCCUUAUGAAUGUAAUCAAUGUGGUAAAGCCUUUUCACGUCACAGUGGUCUCCAAUAUCAUAAAAGAACACAUACCGGAGAGAAGCCUUAUGAAUGUAAUCAAUGUGGUAAAGUGUUUGCGCAAUCCAGUCAUCUCCAAAGACAUAAAAUCAUACUGGACAGAAACCUUAAGAAUCUAGUCAAUGAGCCAGGCAGUGGUGGUGCACACCUGUAAUCCCAGCACCCCAGUGGAAGGCAGAUUUCUGAGUUC